UUUUUUGACUUCGAGAGAAUUUCUCUCAAAAAUCUUCGAAAUUAAGACCAAUUACAAGUGAUUGUUUUGGUCGAAUUUAUUCUGAAGCAUAAAAAUAGGGUUUUUUGAACGAAAUGCCAUAAAAUGAUGUCAAAUUGUUUGUUUCAAAGCCGAAAAUGUUCACAACAUUUGAGCUUUCGUUAUGUUUCUUCACAUUUGAGAGCUAUGGCGUCUUCAAGAAGAGCAAAGAAACGUGAGGAUAACAAAGGAGUCGAGAGAAUAACGAUACCUAAYACUAAAGAUCUUGAUAGCGAGUUUAUGAAGUUAUGGAAGUCCACUGAAAACCACCAAAAGAGGCUACUCAACAAAACGAUAUUUGGAAAAAGACAAAGAAUUCAAAAACCUCAAAAGGUUAAUAUCAGAACUUUACCUCAACAAAGCAAUCUKACCAAGCAAGAAGCAUUAGAACUCAUUGAAGACAGUGAUAAAGUAGGUUUUCGUGUCCCUAAAUUUAGUGACGUGGUCCAGAGUUUGGGGUUAUCAAAGCGAAGAGAUGUGGACAUCAAAUCUACUCAGGACUCUGAAACUAAUGCAGAAGAAAUGCUUGAUGAAAAUCCACAAGGAAAUAUGACUUUUGAGGACUUUGGUAUKCAUCCUAAGUUAAUUGCUAAGCUUGAAAAAGAUGGUAUAUUUCAGCCCGURCUUAUACAACAGAGGGCACUGCCAUUAAUCUUUAGCAAUCAAAGUGUGCUGAUUAAGUCAGAAACAGGCUCAGGAAAGACGUUAGUGUUUUUGUUACCAACUGUCCAAGAUCCUGGUCGAAGUUUUGGRACUGUGAUUAUUGUUCCWACAAGAGAYUUYMCCAGUCAAAUGCUGUACGAAGCACAUCGGCUUCUUGGUGACAAGUCUAUUGUGGCAUCUUUUGUUGCAAUAGAUCCAUUACAGGUCUGGUUCUGAUCAGAUGGUCUCUCUCAAGACCAGAAACUCUGGAAAUGAUUCAUAAUGAUAACUGAUAAUAAUGAUCANGAACUGGCAGAAGAGAAAGAGUCCCUCUUCUAUCGAACAAAGAGGAUAGUUGUUGAUGAAGUUGACAAGAUAUUUUUACCCUUACACAAGAGAGCUUCAAGAAAAAAGAUGAUCUCAAGAGCUAUUCAUCCAAGACCGGGACGUGCAUUAGUUGAAAAAAUAGCAAAAAUAUCAAAGGUUCCAAAAAAACAGUUUAUCGGUGCUUCAGCAACAGUUGAUGCAAGCUUGUUAGAGGACUUGUCUGAUGUAGGCUGGGGAGAUCAUGUGACUGUUGUCCAGUCCCCUAGCUACGAGGGAAAACUUCAAAGUAUCCCAUCAUGCAUUGACCAUUGUUAUACAGUUUUCAAUGAAAACCMGGACUUGUCAAAGGCUAAUGUAUUAGCAAGAGCAUUUUCCAACUCUGGUCAUAAGUCAGCUCUGGUUUUCAUUCACCGUAGUUUAUCUGUCGAUGACUUUGUUUGGGAAUUGAGAUAUCUUGGCUUACAAGCRGUUGCCCUCUACAGAAAGAUUGCAACCCAAAGCCCAACCAGCCAUGAAGCAUUUCURUCRGACUURCACUCAGGAAAAUUCCAGCUUGUUGUUGGYACUGAAGAAACUGUGAGAGGACUUGACUUCAAYGYCUUAGAGCAUGUGUAUUUGACAGAGGUUCCUAAAAARGUUGGCGAAUAUUUGCAUCUUGCUGGGCGUGUAGGUAGACAGGGUAAAGCUGGAACUGUUACAACAAUAGUCUCUGCUGAUGUGAGUGGGGAAGAAAGGAGGAUGUUACUUCAGUAUCGUAGACUGGGGGUUUCAUUUCAACAAGUUUGAUUCCUCCUUCAAGUUCAAGAAAAUUUUUCUAAUUGGGAUCCCUGUGUU